AUAAACAAGAAUCCAACCCCGAAAAAUACCGUAACAAUCGCAUUCGCGCCCCGAACCAUGGACUCGGCAGGAAAUGAAUCAGGAGCUGUUGCCGCUCCGGAAAACGAUAACGAUAACGACAACGACAACGAUUCGGACGUCGAGCUGGAGGGAAUGGACCUSGAGGGCGACGACGGAGAGGAUGCCGACGAUGGAGAUACCGAGAUGGAACCGGCCACCGCCCCCGAUGCCCCCUCCGUGGAGGACGCGACUACCACGGACAAACUCGCGACCGAAGAUCAGGACGAGCUCGAGGCCGCCCGCAAGGAACGGAAGGAGCUCAUGGCGGAAGAGCGGAAGAAGGUAGCCGCCCCGGCACAGAACGAGGCCACGAUGGCGGAAAAGCUCCAGUACUUGCUGUCGCAGUCCGAGGUCUUUGCGCACUUUCUUGCGGGGUCCGUGGCGGCAACCGACAAGAAACGCGGGGGGGGGAAGAAAAAGGGAGGAUCGAGGGGGAAAAAGAACCGCAUGACGGAGGCCGAGGAAGACGCGCAGCUGCUCAAGACGGCGGAGUCGAAGCGSAGCGUCAUUCGGUUAGACAAGCAGGURCGUGYGGCGAUGUGUGCUGUGCUGUGUUGUGUGYAYAUAAAAUUCGAUAGACGGGAUGAAUGCAGGUUGGAACCCAUUCGACGGUGAUGUUGCUCUGUCAUCCUUGUGGUAUGACUGACUAUUUUGCUGUUGUUCUACCUUUGAAACAGCCUUCGUGUCUGGCGGCCCACUGUAAAAUGCACGGCUACCAAUUAGAAGGUCUCAACUGGUUAAUCAAGCUUCACUGCAACGGUCUAAAUGGAAUCCUUGCCGAYGAGGUACGUUUCAUUUUUGUGAUGAGUUGAGCUGAGUUKUGCUCCGCUGCAGUAAAGGAUUUUGUGUGCCUCACUUUGCACCCGCUGAUAAUUCUUCCUCCGUCUGAAAACAUUAGAUGGGACUCGGGAAAACGCUGCAAACC